CUCAAAGGGUCAGUUUUGGAAUUUGGUCAGACAGCUCAACCGCCUCUCCAAAACUGCCGUCUCUUUUUCCCCUCUUUUCAUUCCCGCCAAAACACACACACACACACACACACAGUCACGCACUUCCGCUCUCUGCUGCUCAACAAUGGAGUCCACUAGAAACCUCCCAUCCAUCUUGAUUCUGGCCACCAUCGUCUUUCUUCGCGCAACAGCCGAUCAAGCUUCUUUUGAAGAUACGGCCUACCCUAAUUACUUGAAAUUGUCUUUCAUCAGCCCAGCAAAUUCACCGUCUGAAUCCCAUACUGACAAAAAGGGGAUCUUCACUGCAGCCAAUCCGCCUAAUAUACCACCGGUUUCUUCUCUCCAUGGGAGAGGAGUCCCUGCGUUGUUCGUGAUUGGGGAUUCUUCCGUUGAUUGUGGGACCAAUAACUUUCUUGGGACGUUCGCUCGUGCUGAUAGGCUGCCGUACGGAAGGGACUUCGACACUCAUCAGCCCACUGGACGUUUCUGCAAUGGAAGGAUUCCUGUCGACUAUUUAGCAUUGCGUCUUGGGUUGCCAUUUAUUCCAAGCUACUUAGGGCAGGCUGGUUCUGCUGAUGAUAUGGUUGGAGGAGUGAAUUAUGCAUCUGCUGGUGCUGGUAUAAUUUACUCAAGUGGCUCUGAACUGGGUCAACAUAUCUCCCUAAGUCAACAAAUUCAGCAAGUCUACGACACGAUUCAACAGUUUGUAUUGAACUUUGGGGAGGAAUUAACAACUGAGCUAAUCUCAAAGUCAAUAUUCUACAUUUCUAUCGGCAGCAAUGACUACAUACAUUACUAUCUUCGUAAUGUAUCUAAUGUGCAGUCCCUGUACCUACCCUGGGGUUUCAACCAGUUCUUGGUAGAAACAGUGAAGCAGGAAAUAAAGAAUUUGUACAAUGCUAAUGUCAGAAAAGUGGUUGUGAUGGGACUGGCACCUUUAGGCUGUGCUCCUUACUAUCUGUGGAUGUAUCAUAGCAGAAAUGGGAGGUGUGUUGAGAAAAUAAAUGAAAUGAUAGUUGAAUUCAACUUUGGAAUGAGAUACAUGGUAGAGGAACUGAACCAGGAGCUACCCGAUUCCAACAUAAUAUUCUGUGAUGCAUACGAGGCUUCAAUGGACAUAAUCAAGAAGCAUAAAGAUUAUGGUUUCUCCACGACCAUGAAUGCUUGCUGUGGAUUAGGGAGAUAUCGGGGUUGGAUCACCUGCCUUUCACCUGAUAUGGCGUGCAGGAACGCUUCUAAUCAUAUUUGGUGGGAUCAAUUUCAUCCAACUGAUGGAGUAAAUGCUAUACUGGCUGACAAUGUUUGGUCUGGAUUACACACAAAGAUAUGCUACCCCAUGAACAUGAAGGACAUGGUUGCUCAAGCGCAAAAUGAUUAAGACAUGGAAGGCUAGAAUCUGUUACUUUGUAAAGUUCCUGGUUGUAUAGAAGUCGCAUCAAGCACACGGAUAGUUGUAGCCUCUUGGCUUCUAGUUAAUAGUGUACUGCAGAAGAAGCAGAACUGUAGUUUGCACAGCUAAUAGCUGGAAGUACACAGCAGUACUGCAAACAGUUUUGGGGUUCUUAACGAUGUCUUAUUUUUCUUUCCACAAAAACAACAAACAAAAUUAGUUCCUAUCAAAAGUGAGCAGAUUCCAGCAUCAUAAUUCAGAGAAAUUCGACGAUACAGAGAGGGAAAUCUCAUAGGAAAUUUUUUUACUUCCCUUUGUGUUCUG